AUGCUUGCCGCGACGUCGUUCGGGUGGGUGGCCAAGCAGAUUGACCUCCUCACGGGCGAGAAGCGUCGUAGUGGGGUGAGCAUCGAGAACAUCAAGACAAAGGGGCUGCGGACGUUGCAAGAGAGCAUGGUGGAGUACAUCUGCAAGCGUAUCGCCGAAAACCGCUCUGCGGCGCCGACUUCACAAGCCGUCAAACCCGCCGACAGUGUGAUUGAUGACGACGGCGCGGAAAGACAGACGGCGCCCCAAGCAGCAGUUGCCGCCCAGCAUCAGGGGAACGCGAGGGUGUCCGCGGAAGGAGGCCCUGAACUGGACGACGUUGAGGAGCUGCGACAGGAGAACUGGUUGUUGAGGGCGGAGAACGCUCGGCUGGCGACGUUGCUCAAUGCGGAGCAGGCUCGGCUGGACAGGUUUUUUGUUGGGUUUAGUGGACUCGUCGACCACGUGAAAGGGUUGGCCGAACAGGUCGACGACACCGAGAAGUAUGCGGUAGAACAGCUGCGAAACGCGACGGCGGCCAUGUCGGAGACCAUCACGGGCAACAUCACCGGCAGCUUCGACGAAGCGUGGAAGGCGAUGAAGACCUUCGCGGAACAGGCGUCGGCGUGGUUGGAGGACUUCGACAACCCGGAGGGUCGUGUGGCAUAUGCACGCGCGAGAGCGAUCGACGCCAUGGCCGAUCACGUGACUGGGGAGGUGGGCGAAGCGAAGCGGGGUUUGGAGCUGUACAUCACGACGCAACUAACCGCCGCGCAGGUCAACAUCGCCACCGCUGUGACCUCCAGGCUCGCCGUGCAGCCGCCGCCACCGCCUCAUCCCACGCCGCCCGCCCUCCCGGAAGAGCUCUUGAAGUCGUUCAAGGCCGACAUCAUGAAGGCGGUGACGGAGGCCACCCAACAGUCUUUCGUUGCUUCCGGGAAGAAGAUGAUGACCGAGAUGAUCGGCACUCUGGCGCCUGGUCGACGUGGGUCGUCGCCGUCGGCCAAUGACGCCGAUCACGCGCAACGGAAGACGGCCGACAAGCAGGGCCCGAAGAGGACGGGUGACGGAGACGACAAGGAGAGCGCGAAGCGGAGCAAGGGAUCGGACGGGAGCCGCGGCUCGAAGCCUGCGGCACAGAGCGUGGUCGACCAGCUGAAGACGAAGGCGGGGUGGAAGGUGAUAAGGACGUCGAACAGCAAGGGAGGCGGAAGCGGGGGGGCAGAGGGUGGCCCUGCCGACGGGGUUGCCGCUAACGUCGCCGCUCCGCCUGGCCCGCCUUUGGUCGCCGAGCAGACCCAUCCUCAGGCGAGCGGUGGGAAAGGCGUGACCGACAAGGAGGUCCCAACUGCGCAGGCGGCAAAAGAUGGCGGCGCCGGAACCACCAAGGGACCGUCCGUCGCGGUGGCGGCCAAGGGCAACGCGAAGGCUACUUCUGCCUCGGUUGCCAGCACCACCAAGUCGAAUCCCCGUAACCACCCUGCGGCUACCAGCGCGCCUGCCGGCCAGUCAGGUGCGAACAAAGAUGGGGAGGCCCGUGUGGCCCCUCCUGCUCCGGCAGCCCCGUCUACCGCCCAGGGCGACGCGAAGGCUGCUUCGGCUAAGGGCGAUGCUCCGGCAUCAGCUAAGGGCCCCCCCGGUGGUAACGCGCUCAGGGCGAUGCUCCGCCGCAUGGAGGCACAUAGCAGGGACGUGCAGCAGCAUCCCGUGGUCGACGCCGGCUUUGCCGGAACAGCACGUCGCUCAGUCACUCCGCAGGUUGCCGGCACAUCGUCCGGUGCCCCGCCUGCCGCGCCUCCGGUCGCCGCCCCACCCCCUGCGGACCCCAAAUCCGCGUUUCUUCGCGCCCAUUUAGGCGCACGCAAAGCGGUGACUCAGUCGGAGCCUGGCAACAACGCGACGCCGACGUCGGUAAACGCGACCGCACCCUCACCAGGUGCAGCUGUUGUCGAUGCGGCCGCGGAGAAGGGAGUGAGUGCAGCGCUAGCCACCGGCGGCCGCGCCGACAAGCAUGCCGAACUCGCUGCCGUCCUGGCCCAUUUUGAAGCAGCAAAACGCCCCGAGCACGCCCCUGCUCUGGCCAUCAUGGACUCGGCGCAUGUGGUGCCGUCGGCGACCCACGGAGAGGGUUCGGCGGAGCCGACGGCUGCAACGAGUGCUGUCGCCGAGAGAAAUGCUGGACGGAAGGGGAAGGAUGACACCGGGAAAGGGAAGGCGGUCUCUCAGAGGAGCACGCGGGCGAUGUCUGCGGGAAAGGAGAUGUCGGAAGAGAAAGGGAAUCAGGACAAGACGGGCGGCAAGGGUAAGCCGGCGAAGAAGAAGGAGAAGGCGGAGGAGGAGGACGAGGAGGGCGGCGAGGGAGAUAAAGAGCAUGGACGCAGGGGUCAUGGCAUCCGCCAAGACAGGUUCGACGAUAUACUCGGCAGGUACCGUGGGUACGCGAGUUCGGGUGAUGCGCUUCAUGACGUGCUCUGCCCGGCGAUCUGGUUCCCCAUCAUCGAAAACACGGAGGAAGGCAAGGAAGAGACGGACCCUCUCAUGUCGGCGAUGGUAAAUCGCGUGUCGAUGUGCGCGGCGUAUGGGAAGGUCGCGGCGAGCGCGGCGUUUGGGAAGGUCGAUGCGAGCGUGGAGGGGAAGGCGGGAGAGAAGACGGAGAUGGAAGGCGCGGAGGGGAAGGCGGACGAGAAAACGGAGAUGGGGGCCCAGGCGUUAGCGGCAUCGGCAUGCGCCCUCUGGUGCUUCGUGGAGACGGGGGUGUCGGUGCUCGGUGCUGUGGGCGAAGGGAAGGCGGCGGCGAUGGUGGCAGGUGCGGGGGAGGAGAGGGCCGAGGACUUCAAGAAGGUGAUGCUCGCGGUGAUCGACAUAGCACGCAGUAGGCAGGCUCCCGCGGGGGAGGUUGCACAUAACGUCGCGCCAGCGCUGCAGAGCCAGGCAGUGGCCAGUGCCUUCAAGGAGGGAGUUGAGGAAGUCGAGGCCGACAUGAUUGCUAGAGCGACUGUCGAGACCUUGGAGUUCUGGGGAAUGUGCCCCGUGGCCGGGCCCAAGCUCAAAGAGCAGGGCAUCGAUGUGCCGUGUGACGCGAAGAUGGAGUACGAUAUGGAGCACAGGGGGAGGAAGGGGGAGAAGGUCAAGCAGGCCAAGGGCAGCAAGAGGAAAAGGGGGCAGAUGGGCAAGCAGGGCAAGGACAGUACGGAUGCGUAG